AUGCUCUCCUGGGUGCACUUGGGACUAUUUGAUGCUCCCAAAAAUAAUAAUAAUAAUAAAAAUAGACUGAGUCUAGCUCCCAACGCACAAGGCAGCGCGGUGCCCACGGCAGUGCUUAUUGAGACGCUAACAAUGCUCCCCUCCCCCCGGACCCCGUCCCCGCCGCCGCCCGGGCUGCCUCGCUCACGCCUGACCUCCGCCUGGCACGAAGUCUGGACCCUCCGGAACCACGGGGCAACCAGAGCAGCCGAAGAGCGACACCGACCUGGGCCAGACAACAGAGUGGGUCGGCGCCAGGGAAGAGGCCCCGAAGGGGGUGUGCGCGGGCGCUCGCCACCAGCUGGGAGGGCGCGACCCGCCGCCACCGCCGCCCGCGGGCCCCGGGGCGUGCAGCCCCCGCCCCCGCCCCCGCCCGCUCCUCCCCGAGCCCCCGAGCCUCGCCGCCGGGUCUCGCGUGUCCACGGCCGCGUCAGCCCACCCGAGGCCCCGGGCGAGGAGCCUCAGGUGCUCCGGCCGUCGCGUCCGCCGCCGCGUCAGCUGAGGCCGGGGCGGGGGGCGGGCGGGGUCGGGGCGGGCCGGGCUCGGAGCGGCCGUCGCGGGAGCGCCGGGGCGGCGGGGCCCGCGCCGCGGACGGCAGGGCCUGAGCGGGCCGAGGCCGAGCCGGGGGCCGAGACGCCGCCGCCGCCGCCCCCAGCGCCGCGCCCGCCUCACCUGCGUCCGCGUCCCGGAGCCGCCGGCUCCCUCCGCGCCCCCUCCCGGCCCGCCCCGCCGCCAGCCGCGGGCUCUGAGGAAGCGCCGUGGCUCCGGCGGCGGCGGCGGCGCUGCGGGGUCGCGGAGACGGGAAGCGGCAGGAGCCAAACCCCGCGGAAAGCGCUCGGGUUGGCGCGGCGGCCCCGAGCCCGGGGCUGGAGUUUCGGCCCGGGAGUGCCGGCGCCCCGCGCGCUCCCCCGCCUCGCCGCGGCGGCGCUUCCGGGGGGCGGGUGUGGUGGGCGGUGCCCGGCGCUGACCCCGCGCGCGCUCGCGGGGCCGCGACACGCCGUGGGAAACUUGCUCGCCCCUCGCCUCGGCGCGCCCCGCCUCCAGGAGGCCACCGGCUGGGUGGGCGAGGACCCACCCUCCUCCCCCCACCCUGCUCGUUCCGCGCCGGAGAAUCCGCCCAGCACCGAGAACCCCUGGAGAGGAUGA